CGGCAGAUCUUAGUUGAUUUCUUCGACGACCCCAACGGGUUUCGAUGGCAUAUGCGAUGGUUCGUCCUGGCCACGCCCAACCCUGGGCAGUGGAUAUGUCCGACGCCAGACCUGAGCAUUCAGUUCAUCGACGUCACCACCCACGGGGUGAUCCCCCUCACGCGGGACUCGGAGUUCCCGCGGCGGGUCAGAGGCGAGGUCUACGCCUUCGACCCGUUGACCCCCGAGGAGCUCCAGCAGGUCCGCCGAGAGGCCAAGGAGCUGCUGGCCGUCUACGGGCUCACGGGGGGCGCGGAAGCGCAGCCCGAGGGUGGGCGCUGGCUGAUCGCCGACCCCGCGCACCCGGGCUUCGGCGACGCGCUCCCCGCCGCGGCCCUUGCCGAUGCCGACAGCCUCAUCAUCCGAGGCGACCGCGGCUUCGCCUGUGUGGACGAGGACUGGCUCGCCGUGGAGAGGGUGCUGGACGAGGACCUGGAGAACUGGAGGUUGCUCAAGUCGACGGGCGCGGGCCGCGACAGGCGGACCCUCGGCGACGAGCGCGUGAACGGGGUGCCCGUGCUCUCUCUCACCGCCGCGGCGAGGGCCAGCAGCAAGGCCCUUCGGCCUGGCUGGCCCUUCCGCGGCGACGCCUGCGCCCCGGAGCUUGUCAUGGCGCUCGUCGCGGCGGGGAUCGUGUUCAUCACCCACCACCUGCACUGGAGAACGAAGUCGGGGGUCAGUGCUACGUCGGGGGCGUGCCGGACGCACCGCCGCAUCUGCGAAGGCCUCGACCAGGCCAUCUGCUACGACCAACUCGACUUCGCCAACUGCGCGGUCAUCGAGCACCUCGCCCGCUGGCUCUACGAGGUGGAGUCGGCGGUCAGGAGGAACCCGAAGGUGCCAGACUUCACGAACUUGGACGGCAUCUUCGCGGCUCCCAUGGCCGAGGACGGGCGGAUGCAGCUGCCGACCUUCUCCAAGUGGGUCUCCUCGCUCCGCCGCGACGAGGCUCAGAUCAUGAAGCAGGGGCGGCUCCGGAGCGAAGAGCACGGCAUCGACCGCGCCAAGCACGAGGGCCAGGACGGCAAGGGGCCAGGCCGCGACGGCGGCAAGGGCCCCAACCCCUCUGCCGAGUCCUCUGGCGACGCCUGCUUCGACAGCGCCUGCUGCCCGGGCGCCCCCCUCGUCGCCAUCUCUGUGCUGACGCUCCUCGUGGACGUCCCCUUGGUCGGUGGAGGCCCCGACGUGAGCUACGGCACAGACGAGCUUGGCGGCCCGAUGAUGCGGGAGAUGGCGAUCUGGUCUCUGAACGCCCUCGACGCCCCAUCGCGCGCCCUUCGGGCGCACCAGCCUUCUUCGGGCUGUCGCCUCACGGAGGCGCGGCGCUCGAUCAUCUCGCGCGUCAGCCGGCGCAUCGAGAGCUACGGGGAACGACCCGACAUCCUGCCCGCCACCGCCUACGCCGACCUCAUCAAGAGUCACGACUUGUACUCGGGGCAGCCGAUGAACCUGAAGCCGCGCGACCCCAGCCUUCUCAAGGUGCUCCACCGCGACCGACGCCCCCAGGAGCUCCGCGGCUGCCUGGGCACCGAGGGUCGCAGGUACCUUGACCGCGCCGGCGAGCUUAUCUUCAGGGCUGAGGCCGAGCUUGACGUCCUCCUGGAGAGCGAGCUGAUCCAGCCCAUCACGCCGCAUUGGGGCCCGAUCCUGAAGAACAACCGCCGCGCCAGGAUAGACUUCAUCAAGCGCCUCGCCUCCGCAGGCCUCGUCGGGUUCAGGCUCUCCAUCCGCGGCCGCAUCGGCGCCUUCUGCGUGGGCAAGAAGGACGGAUCCCUCGGCCUCGUCCUCGACGGGCGUGAGCCCUCGUCGCUCCACAGGAGGCCGCCCCACGCCGCCUUGGGAUCCGCCGGGGCCCUCGCAGGGCUCGAUCUCUCCGACCAGGCCCUGCGGCCCCAGGGCGUCGAUCCCCAGGCGGCCGACGUCCGCGCGGCGGGCCUGGACCUGAAGGAUGGGUUCUACCAGUUCGCGAACGACGACCUCGCGGACUGGUUCGGGUUCAACUGCCCCGAGGCCGCGUCCGACUUCGGCGACCCGCUGGUGCACAUCCCUGCCGACGGCCGCUUCGUCCAGGUGUCGAGCGACACUCGGAUCUUCGCGGUCUUUCGGGGUCUGCUGAUGGGUUGGUCGUGGUCGCUCUUCUUCUGCCAGGAUCUCUUGGACGAGGCCCAGUGCAAGGGCCUUCUGAGCUUGGGAUGUGAAGGCGGGGGCCGCUUGAUGCACGAGAGGUGCCCCGCGCCCUUGCUGGCGCCCGGCUGUCCCCUGUCCCAGCCCUACGUGGACGACGCCAACGUGAUCGGCCUCAGCCGCCGGGACACCGAGCACGCGCUGCGCGGCAUCCAGCACGUCCUGGACUACUUAGGCAUCGACUACCACGACCUGGUGGAGCCCACGAAGUUGCACACCACGGUGGGCGUCGUCCUCGACACGGCUGCGCGCCGCCUUCGCCACGCGGGGGCUCGCGCUUGGCGCCUGUACCUUGGCGUGGAGCAUCUGCUUCGUGUGCGUCGUGCCUCUGGCCGUGCCCUUCGAGUCGUGCACGGCCACCUGGUCAACCACUUCAUGAUCACGCGGCCAGCGCUCGCGGCGCUGGACGAGGGGUACCGCUUCAUCGCGCAGCACCUGGACGAGCGGGCCCCCCUCGGCCGCCUCCUGCUGGACGAGCUCCGUGUGGUGAAGGGUCUGCUGCUGCUGGCCGACGUGGACCUCGCCGCCCCCUGGUCGCGUGUAGUCUACUGCAGCGACGCGUCGGGCGGCGAGCUGCGUGGCUGGGCGGACUGGCCUUUCGCCGUCGCGGGGAACGGCGGCUACGCCCUCCACGAGACGGCCUGCGUCGACUACGAGGUCAUGCAGGCUUUCUGGUACCGCGAGCGCUGGAGGUUGAAGAUGGAGGAGGAGGAGCUGGUCAUGCCGGGGGGCCCGAGCGACGAGAUCUGCGGCUGGACCCCUGAGCCCACGGCCACCUCCGACCUGCUCAUCGCCGGCCUCCUGGCCCCCAGCUCCAAGCCGUCGGUGAUCGACCGACGCCUCCCUCGCACGAGGACCGUCAUCGUGCAGGGCGCCGUGCCAGCUCUGGACGACGCCCUCCUGGUCCGCAGCCGUUGGAAGAUGAUC